AUGGAUAACAUACAACAAGCUUCUUUAAUAGGAUCAACCUCCUUGUUAGCAAUUGGUGCACUAAAAAAAUACUUUUCAAACAACAACCAUCAACAAAAUAACUCUAUUUUGGACGAAAAAAAAAUGAACGCAACAUUACCAUUUGAACCUAUCAGAAAGAGAAGUCCCGACAUAAUUGCCAGAACAAAUACUAUUCUAGCAAAUGAAAAAUAUCCAGCCAAAGCACAUAACAACAAAGUUAAAUCUUUUUUCUACGAGUUGAAUAAGGAUCUGUCAGGGAAGAAAAUUGGUGUUUUUUUAUCAUCUUCAAUUUUAGAGCCAAUCAAAUAUUGUGAUCAAACAAAAAAAUUUAUCCAAGAAAAAUACUUUUUUUACUUAACUGGCUGUGAUUUGCCAAACACUUUUAUGUUUUAUAAUUUCCAAACGGAGAAAUUGUGUUUAUUUUUACCACCAAUCAUUAGAGAUGAUGUAGUUUGGAGUGGUAUGCCGCUUUCACCAGAAGAAGCCCUGGCCAAAUAUGAUGUUGACGAAGUUUUAUAUUCUGACAAAAUUAUGCAGUAUAUUAGCUCUGGGCAAGGCAAUUUAGAUCUGGUUUAUACUACUGAUUUAGAUCAUGCACCCAUUGAAAUCUCUUCCAAAUUGACACCGAAUGACCCUAAAUUUUUUGAGGCGAUGGAUGAAGCUAGGUUAUGUAAAGAUGACUACGAACUAUGUCUAAUGAGAAAAGCGUGUGACAUCACUGAUAAAUGUCAUCUAGCUGUUAUGAGUGCUUUGCCGAUUGAAACCAACGAAAUUCAUAUGCAGGCUGAAUUUACAUACCAUGCGAUUAGACAGGGUUCCAAAAACCAAGGGUAUGAUCCAAUCUGUUGUUCUGGUGUUAACUGUUCCACUUUACAUUAUGUUAAUAAUGAUGAUACGAUGGAAAACAAGCAUUCUGUUUUGAUUGAUGCAGGUGCAGAAUGGGAAAAUUAUACUGCAGAUGUCACUAGGUGUUUCCCAAUUGAUGGUAAAUUUACUAAGGAACAUAGGGAAAUAUAUGAAGCUGUAUUGGAUAUGCAAAAAACUGCAAUGGGUUUAAUAAGGCCAGGUGUUAAUUGGGAAGAUGUUCAUUUGGCCACCCAUCGUUGUUUAAUCAAGCAUUUUUUAAAAUUAGGAAUUUUCAGAUCUGAGUUUAGUGCCGAGGAGAUUUAUGACAGAAGAGUUACUGUUUGUUUUAACUGUACUGGUUGUGGACACAAUUUGGGGUUAAAUACACAUGAUGUUGGUGGUAGGCCAAACUAUGAGGAUCCAGAUCCAUAUUUUAGAUAUUUACGGAUUCGUAGGCCUUUAAAAGAAGGUAUGGUUGUUACUAUAGAACCAGGUAUUUAUUUUAAUCCAUUUAUUAUAAGAGAAUUUUUGACACCAUAUCCUGAAAGAGUUGAAGUUGUUGAUGAAAAAAUCAUGGAAAAGUAUUUAUACGUAGGCGGCGUUAGAAUUGAAGAUGAUUUGGUGAUUACCAAAGGUGGUUAUGAAAAUUUGACUUGUAUAACAAGUGACCCUGAUAAGAUUGAACAAAUUGUCCAGGAUGGUAUUAACAAGGGCAGGAGUCAUUAUCAUAACAUUGUAUGA